AUGUUCAAGAGUAAGCGUAUCAAGAGCACCGUUGCCAACGCGAUAAAGUCGGUGGGCACUGCUGAUCUAUCACAGGGCCUCACAGGCAAGUCCUUUGCGCUUGAUGAUGUUGGUAGGUUUGGUAUAAGCGGCAAGGCCGUUGCGAUGGCAUACGACCCGGUGCAGAGUCUGCUUGCGAUCUCAACAGAUGCUGGGACUAUCCACGUCUUUGGACAGCAGCAGGUUGAAGUUAUCCUGACCGCGCGGACCGCCAUCAAACACAUGAGGUUCGUGAAAGGUGUGUACCUUGUCUGUUUGGAUGCGAAGAGUACGAUCUAUGUGUUCUCCAUAUACUCAAACCAACAGCUGUCAGCGUUCUCGCCGCCGGGAGUUGUUACUGCCUUUGAAACUGAUCCGUCGCUGGACUGGUUGGUGCUUGGUUUGCAGAACGGGUCUAUUGUUGCCUAUGACAUCGACAGGGGGAACCUGACACGGUUUAAACUGGACAAUUUGCAAAAGAGAGUACUGCCAAAGGAGAAAUUAUCACAGGUGGUUUCGAUCCAGUUCAACCCGAGGGAUAUUGGCACGCUGCUGGUGGCAUACGACAAGUGUGCUCUUGUGUAUUCGCUGGCAUCUGACGAGAUCAAGACAUCAAUGGUUUAUGAGAUUCCACCUUACGCGCCAGGAGGCGACGGGCAAAUGGGUUCUGCGAUAAGAUACCCAAAGCUGUUGCAGGCCACGUAUCACCCGAAUUCGUUGAACGUGCUCACUGCACAUGAGGACGGUUCGCUUGUCUUUUGGGACGCAUUGACUGGCGAGUUGUUGCAGGCAAGAUCACUGUUUGAUACCUACGUUAAUCUCACACAGAAGGGCGGUGGGUCAGCACAACAGGGACCGACAAAUGAGAGGUUCUUAAAGGUGAAAUGGAUUUGUCAUGCUGAUCCAGAUGAUACUUCCUUGAUCAUUGCAGGAGGUGAUACUCCAGAAGGACAAGGGAUCCAUAAUCUCAGCGUGUUGCACUUUGGCGUUGCACCAAAGUACUCGUUAACAUCGUAUGAAAAGAUGGGUAAAUACUACGCAGAACCAAAACAGUUGAGAUUCUUGCCAAUUCAAAACACGUCUUCAUUGAUUGACUUCUUACCUUUUGCAACAAGAUCGCCAUUCUUUGAUGGCGGACAUGAUCCAAGGUUUCUCCUAGCGCUCUUAGACACCGGAGAAGUGGAGAAUCUGAGAUUGCCUUCAGGUACGCUUAAUUACAAAUCCACUCUUCUCCCACAGAGUUUGUUAUGGAUCCAUCCUCGUACAACGAUAUCUGAUACCUUUGCCGUCCCAAAACAGCAGUGGUUAGGCAUGGUUGCAAGACCGAGUAAGCACGAAAACUUAUUGCAAGGUGGCAUUCCUAAAAAGACCAACUUGAAAGUGAACGCCAUGCGUUCUGCUUUGGGUACUGGCCACGUCAACGGAUCUGUUCGUCUCUUUGAUUCAUCUUACAGUGAGUUGCCUGAAUCUACUGUCCUUGAGGCGAAUGUCUCGCAAACAUUGAAUACCAUUUCCGGAGUUGCUGUUGAGAAAAUCUCUUUUGCUGGUGAUAAUGCUGAACUGGCUGUUGCGACUGAAGGUGGUGAUGUCGUUUUGUAUAAGUUUGGAGUCAACAAAAGGUUUGAUCCUAAUAUGAGAACUCUCGAAGUGAAUAUGGACGCAUUAUCCAUCGGGAGAGAGCGUAAGCUCAUGGUUGACUUGAGAGACCGCACACCAAACUUCAAAGAUGGGUUCUUACCAAUUUGUGCCAUUCAUGGUCAACGAGGACGUAUUAGUGCCUUGAAGAACAGUGGUAUAGGCUUUGUUGCCAUUGCGUAUGAAUGUGGUGACUUGAUUAUUGUCGACCGAAGAGGACCAGCUGUCAUUUAUGAGGACAAUAUCACACGUAAACAUACAGCUGAAAGUGGUAGAAUCACAUCAUUGGAGUUUUCUAUAAUGACGUACGGUGAUGAUGGAUAUUCUAGUAUUCUUUUGUUUGGUGGUACCGAUGCUGGAGAAUGUUUAACUUUCAAGAUUCUUCCUGAAUCCUCAGGAAGAUUUUCAGCUCAACUGGUGGAUGUUGUUCGUACUAACCAAGGUGAAAUAUUGGAUAUUGUUCCUUUCAAGCAACAGACUGGAACUCCUGCAAUUGCAACUUUUGAUGUAUUUCAUCAACUAGCUGAUGGACUUCUCAUUGCCGGUGAAGUUCUUCUUGUCUCAACUCAGGAUUUGAGAAUUUUCAUUCCAGGAAAGGCAAAAUUAUCACAGAAGUUAUUCAAUCACCCUGUAAUGGCAGCCUCGUUGUCCAUCGUCGCAAUUAAAGGGUCUACAGCAAAGCCGUAUGCUUCAUGUGUUCCUACACUGCUCGCUAAUGGAGUCAUCAAGGUACUAUCUCUGCCUGAGCUCAGGGAAAUCAAAUCCUUGGAGUUACCUUUCAACGUGGAUGCCAGAUUUGGGCGUUAUUCUUCUGUUUUACCUUCUGGUGAUGUCCUUGUUCGUAUAUCCGGGUCACAGGCAUGCCUCGUUAACAUAUGUGGAACCGGACAAUCGUUCGCACAGCAGCCAAAGGAUCAACUAGUGACUCAAAAGCGUAUUCCUUACAGACCACAGAUUGGUACUGCUCAAUGGAUGAAGGGUGUUAAACCAAUGACGUACGACGAGUUGGACAGAUUGAUUGGUGGUGAAUACAGAUCUCGUCCAAAGACUAAGGAGUCUGAAAUUGCCAAUGGACAGGUCACAUUGGAGGCUGUUUCUGGUAAGAGUGGAAAUAGCAGUGAAGAUGACUUCGCUUACACGAAGCCUGUACGUGGGAGAACCAACGGUGGGUAUGAUCCGACUCGCUCUGUUUUCAGAACAGUCCAAAACGGGUACAACACGGUGGAGGAGUCGAUCAAUGAUUACGCAACGAAAGCCAAUCAAAGUAUGAACGAGACCAUCAACGAUGCAAAGAAAGACCUUGUGAAAGGGCUGGUUCGCUCCAAGUUUGGAAUUUGA